AAAUUGGCGACGAGGAGUAAACGGAGAUUGUUGGUUAUACAUCUGUGCUACAAAGUGUUACAUAUUGUUCCCUGUAACCACGUAUCAAACAUUCGGAGUAAGACUCCAGGAAGAUAAGGAAAAAUGAGUGGACUACCUGCCAUCGAAACUUUUGACUGUGAGGGUGAGCCCAGCUCAGUGGGAUUGAGAUGGGACAAAUGGAGGAGGGCAUUUGCCAUUUUCUUGGAGGCAUCCAGUGUGGUAGAUCCAAAAAAGAAAAGAGCUAUGCUUCUUCACUCCAGUGGACUGCCUUUACAGGAAAUAUACUACAGCAUUCCAGGGGCCCACGUCGAUGAACCGCAAGGCGAUAAUGAUGUUUUUGCCGUUGCUGUGCAAAAGCUGGACGAAUAUUUCAAACCCAAACAGAGCAAGUUAUAUGAAAGGUACAUUUUUCGCAAAAUAAAACAGGAGUCUGAAGAAACUUUUGACGAGUUCUUAGUUAGGUUAAGAGUUCAAGGUGCUAAGUGUAAAUUUUCUAAUGUUGAAGAACAUUUAAUUGACCAGAUUGUAGAGAAAUGUUAUUCUCAAGAAUUAAGGAAAAACAUAUUAGCUUUAGGGGACACUGUAAAUUUAGAUACCAUUGUUGCCGCGGCAAACUCUUUAGAAUCUAUAAAUAGGGAACUGAAGGGCUUUAGUACAACUUCAUUUCAAGAAAUUAAUAAAAUUCAGUCUUGGCCAACAACAAGUAAACAGGCAAGGAACCAUUUUAACGUAUGCAGCAGAUGCGGAGGUUUUAAUCACCGCGGCACAGAUAAAUGUCCAGCAAUGGAUAAAAAGUGUUUGAAAUGUGGUAAAUUAGGCCAUUAUAAGAAACAGUGUCGUACUCUGCUGAAUACGGGACUACGGAGGGGUUAUAAAAGAAAAUAUGAUUUUUCUUCCCAACCAAAUAAUGGAAAAAACCAAGAGUCUUUCAACUAUGUAGACGCAGAUUCAGAUCAGGACGAGUCACGUCCAACCCGGGAUUCCGAAUAUGUGUUUCAAAUUGACGAUGACACAGAAAUCCCCUGUAAUAUUGGGAACGUAUUAGUAAGAAUGGUGAUUGAUUCGGGCAGCAAAAGCAAUUUGAUAACGGAUAAGACUUAGGAGUAUAUGAAACAAAAUAAAGUUGUAUUCAACCAAGUAAGGAACCCCCAUAAGAUCUUUUUUGCCUAUG